CCGCCGAUAAACAGCAGCAGCGUUCACAGAAGAACGCAUUCGACCGGUGCAGCGGGCCCACGACAGCUUCCUUGGCACCCAAGAGAGCCUGCAACCCGGAGAGCAUCUUGGCUGCACAGCCGCUACCGCCGUGCAACCCCACAACCUAGCUGUAACAGCUCACGCCAUCGACGCGACACACGCAUAAAAAAAACCGAUCGAGCGACCAUGCCCUUCGGCAAGAGCAAAGCUCCGAUCGUGGACCCCGACGAGUGGUACGGCAAGUCGCUCGGCGAGACCUUCGGCAAUCGCCACUUCCAACUACAAUUGGUAGCGAUGAUGGGCCUGCACGCGGCGCUCUACUACUACUUCAAGGGCAACCCCAAGUCCGCCUUCCACGCGAACCCGAACAAGAUGGGCCACUACGUGCCUUUCUUAAUAGCGUUCCAGUUCAUGGCGGUCUAUGGUACGUACAUAUGGUUGACGGAUACGGACUUUCAUUCGAUUGAUGCGACGUGGGGCUACCACCCCGGUGCGGAAACUAUUCUCUUUAGCAUGCUGGCCAUCCAAAGCUACGACACGCCCAUAUCUUUAUGUAUUCCGGAAUUGCGGCAGAUCACCUUUGUAUUACACCACGCCGUCGUGCUCUCCCUCAGCAUACUAUCAUUAAGAUACCGGGCGUUCUACUACUACGCUGUGUAUUUCUUGGGCGUCAUCGAGCUGUCGUCGCCUUUUCUAGCUGUGGUGGAUGCCGCUCGGGACUACCCAAAAAUCGCGGACAAGUAUCCGAUUACGAACGAGAUAUGUAGAGUGAUGUUCGCCAUCGUGUUUUAUAUAGUGCGCAUUUUUGGGUGGUUCCCGGUGUCGUACUGCUUUUGGAGGGAUGCGCUCUAUUUACUAUUUAAUAGCGACGCGGCGAUGCACCAAAUGCCCAAGUGGGUGCCGGCCUUCUGGCUCUUCACGCACGGCUUUUUGACGUGCUUGCAGGUGUGGUGGGGCUACCUCAUCCUCAAGGCCGUCUACGCCAUGGCCACGGGCGACGAGGAGGCCCGGAAGAACGAGGCGAAGAACGCCUAG